CUGAAAUUGUAACAGAAACGCUAAAACGUUUAGAGAUUUGUCACAUAAUGUUAUGUCAAUUUAUCGUAACAUGUUUAUCUAUAAUCUUAAUAGUCUGUGUAAAUAUACAAAUGGGCUAUAGAAAUCCGUCUGAAUGGGCCAUGCAAGUAUUAAGCGAUCCUGAAACAGUACUAGAAAAAUCAUAUUAUACUGAUCAGUCAGGCUUCGACCUUAAUGAAGAGGAUAAGUUAAAGUUUCACAUCUGGCCUUCAGGAAUCAUACCGUACUAUAUUGAUGAUUUAUCGUUUGAUAAGGUAUUAAAAGACAGAAUACGUCUUUAUCUCAACAAUAUAAAUCUAGUGACUGGACUUCGUUUUAAUGAAAUACUAACACCGCCUGAAGACGACAAGAGUCGCUGGGUCCUCUUCAUCAACAGAAUAGGUCAGCUCGGCUGUGUUGAUAUUCCGUUUAGCAAUUUCACCAUUAAAAGUGUGCAGAAAGUCGUGUUAGGCUACGACUGUUUGGCAGCUGGAAAAAUAAGCGCGAUCAUAUUGUCUCUCGUUGGUGUCCCUCCGCAACACAACGCACCAGAUAGAGAUACUGAGAUAACAGUAUUUCAAGAAAAUAUUUUACCAGACAAAAUGUACUUUUUCAAUAAAUUAAAAGAUGAUGAAUGGUUAUUCUACGAAUGUAAAUAUGAUUUCAAUAGUGCUGGCCAUUACAGUUCACAUCAGUAUACAUCUAAUGGAGGUGAAACUAUCUUAAUACCAUAUACCGGUAAGGAUUGGUUGCAUGAAAGAGGGGUUGGAUUGUCUGCUACAGAUGUGAAAAAAAUUUAUAUGCUCUACGAUUUUAUAAUACGAAAGGAUACUCCUAAGAAAGUACCAGGAUGCGAUAAGCUCUUUGCUCCAGGAAUCAAUAUUGGCAAGUAUUAUCAAAAUACCAGUGUUAAAUUAGAACCGAGAAUAAAACCAAACAGAUAUCUCCUUUUGCCAGAAAAAAAGCCUGUUUCGUCACAAAAUGGAAAUGUAAUAUUUUUAUCUCAUAAAUUGACUAAUAAAGAGAAAAUAUUAAACCAAUCAGAUUAUGAAACUGAUGACGAUAACUAUGAAAUAAAUAAAAGAUAAAGAAAAAUCAAAAAG